AUGGUUCAGUCACUCCCGUUCUCCCAGUUCCUCAGAGUAAAACGUAUUGUGUCUGACGAACAGGUGUCUAACGCGACCCUUGAGUCCAUGGCCAAUAGAUUUCGUAACCGGGGAUACCUGAAACGACUAUUGGAUGAGCACAUGGACAGGGUUCGCGGUUUAGAUCGGGGUGAACUACUGUCACAGCGGAAAACGGUUCAGAAAACUGACAGGAUUCCAUUUGUGUCAGUUUAUAGUGAACUUAGCCCCCAGAUCAACAAGGUACUUGGGAAACAUUGGGACCUCCUGGGCUCUUGUUUUAAGGAGAUUCCGGAGUUCCAAUGUCCACCAGUGUUCUCCUAUCGGGGCUCAAGGAAUCUACGAGACCAGUUGGUUAGAGCCGACAUAGGCUCAAAGGGGUCUUCUAGACAAACUGAUUUGACACAGCCCGGUUUGGGAUGUUUUCCCUGCCUGGUGUGCGUUAACUGCAGAUAUAUCCGAAAAGGGAAAACAUUUGUGCACCCCAGCACAGGCGAGUCUCACAACAUCUUGUUUCAUCUCACAUGUAACUCAAGUUAUGUUAUUUAUGUGUUAUCAUGCCCGUGUAACCUGCUUUACGUGGGUGAAACGACGGCCGACCUUAAAACCCGGUUGAACAACCAUCGUCUGAGUAUCCGGAAAAAGCGUUUGGAUCUACCGGUAUCCAAGCAUUUCUCUGAGGCUAGACAUAAGGAGAAGGAGAAAAAUGUCCCUGAGCAAGAGGUGCAGAAAAGUCACAUUGAGGAUCCAAAUAAAGGAAAUGCUGACAAAGAUGAUGUGACCACUUCUAAUCAUGAAGAAAUACAUUUACCAGAAGAAAAUGUCAAGAAAAAAUCCACUGAAAAAGACAAAAAAACCUGCUUCCAGGAUCUUCUCAAAAAGAUUGAAUUUCAGAGUUACCAGACAUCCAAGCUUACACUAAAUGAUGUUCUUGAUAUUGGUGCUGAAUGCUUGAGACCAGGAGUUUCUCCUAAGGAAAAUGUGGCUUGGUAUUUUAUAAGAAAAUUGAUGUCAUUGCAUGAGGAGGCAAGGAAUAUCUGUACGAUAGGUACCAAAGAAGAAAUGAGCAGGGAUCACAUGUUAAUGCUGGAUAUGGACAGUGACCUGUCAGAUGGUAUCCACCCAUUAGACUUGCAAUGUGUUAUCUUGCAUUGCUCAAAUCAUUUCCUUCAGCAAGAGAUGAUAUCAAAAAUGUCCAUGUGUCAGUUUUCUGUCCCUCUGCUAUUGCCAGCCAAUGAUGGUCCAGACUACACCUUUAUGUUGUGGGCAAUGAGGGGAAUUGUGAAGAAAUGGAGACCCCAACACCUGGCACAUAGCAAAGGAUUUCAGGAGGAAAACUUGGUGAAAAUUUCCAUGCCAACGUUUUCAUUUGUGAGAUUAGGAAAGUGCAGACUUUCUAAGUCAAAAAUCCUAAACCAGAUUUUAAGUUCAACACAACAUUGUCAAGACAUCUUUGUCCAUCGAGACAUGGAAGGUGGAAAUGUGGAAAGGACUAUAUCAUUGGGGCUAGUGGAGAUAUCCUGGUAUUUUCCUGCUGGUAAAGGCAUCUUUACCAAGCCUGUUGCUUUUACAAACCUUCGUGGGGAGUUGGAGAGCAACUUGAAGCCAUUCAACUUCCUAGCAAAUAUAUCUUCAGUUGUUGUCAUCUUUGUUGAAACUAUCAGUAAGACUCAAUGUGAGUUAUUAAUGAAAUAUAAACCCUCCACAUAUCUCUUCAUUAUUACUCCUGAAGAGCAAGUGAGCAGAAAAGAAAGUGAAAAGAUGAUAGAAUCUGUGAUGUCCAUGACUGACCUAAAGAAGGACAAUGUCUUAGUGAUCUCAAAAUCCACAAAUGAAGCAACAGCUGUUAAAAUGAUUCGCUCAGCUCUGCUGAAGUUGGAGAAGGAAAAUGCUAAUUACCUCAGUGUAGAAGACAUGGCUCAUAUAGCAGUAAUGCAAAAGAUCUAUGUGGAUGAAAAUACAGUGGAAUGUCAAGCUGCGGAAAAACACGCCAGAGCCAUAACUGAGGAGAUCUGCGAUGUUGUCAAGUAUAAAGGAAAAACAAUGAAACUGCAAAUGCAACUUCUGAAAGACCUGUCAAUCCUAGAAAAGGAACUUUGUCAGAUGAAAAAACAACAAAAUAGAAAUGGGGAAAACUACAAAUCUGAGCUGAGAAGAAAAUGUAAUGAGAUAAGGAGAAAACAGUGGGAAUGCGAUAUGCCAAAAGGAAUUAGCAGUUUUAUAGAAGGGAUCAAAACAAAAAAUAGAUUAGAAAAGUUUUAUUUUUUAAGUUGGUUAAAAUAUUAUUUGGACUUGGCAGCAAGGGAAAUGCUCACAUCUUUACAAGAGAAAUACAAAGAGAAAUAUUCUCAGGCCAGUGACUCCAAAGAGCUGAUGGAGAUCGAUCAAAAGAUAUCCGACAGUUCAUUGGGAAUAGAGCAUUUCCUGAGAGAGGUAUCUCAGUUUUAUGAGGUAUGGCAUGUCAUGGGGGGAAAAAACAAUGAACCUAUAGAAUAUAACCAUCUCCCUGAAAUAGCAUGUGAUCUUCUGCUUGAUGGCUACCCACUGGAAUUGAUUGAUGGAGAUGCAUCCAGGAUUCCUGUGCGGUGGGUAACAGAUGUUCUCAAUAAAGUGCACUCCAAGACAGGCGGCAGAAGCAAGAUAAAGGUAAUAACCGUGCUGGGAGUUCAAAGUACGGGGAAGUCCACUCUUCUGAACACCAUGUUUGGUCUACAGUUUCCAGUGGCCAGUGGACGAUGCACACGAGGAGCUUUCAUGACUCUUAUUAAAGUGAAGGAGAAUUUCCAGGGGGAACUCGGAUGUGAAUUUCUUCUAGUAAUUGACACUGAAGGGUUAAAAGCUCCCGAAUUGGAUUCUCUGGAGGGCAGUUAUGAACAUGACAAUGAGUUGGCCACUCUAGUGGUUGGGUUAAGUGACAUCACUGUAAUCAAUAUUGCCAUGGAAAAUAUAACAGAAAUGAAAGAUAUUUUACAGAUUGUGGUCCAUGCAUUUCUCAGAAUGAAAGAAAUUGGGAAGAAGCCCAAUUGCCAGUUUGUUCAUCAAAAUGUGAGUGACGUGUCUGCUCCUGUAAUGAACAUGAGAGACAGAAACAAACUGCUGGAACAACUAAAUGAAAUGACCAAAACUGUGGCAACCAUAGAGAAGAAGCCUCAGUAUAAGGUGUUUUCUGAUGUUAUGGAAUAUGAUUCCGAGGAACACCAUUGGUACAUCCCUAGUCUUUGGCAGGGUAUACCGCCAAUGGCUCCUGUCAGCGCUGGCUACAGCGAACAUAUUACUGAAUUGAAGCAAAAUUUACUAAAAUUGAUUAAACAAAACCAAAAAAGGGCACAUAACCUAAAGCAAUUUGCUAAGUGGAUGGGAGACUUAUGGAAUGCAGUCAAACAUGAGAACUUUAUAUUCAGCUUCAGAAAUAGCUUGGUAGCCAGUGCUUACAACAAACUGUCUAUGAAAUAUUCUGAAUUAGAGUGGAAAUUCAGCAAAUUGAUCCAUGAAUGGUUCACUGAUACUGAAACCAUUAUCAAGAACCAAUCUGAAGAAACUUUGGAAGAAAAAGGUAACGAAUGUUGUAUAAGGCUACAAAAUAUCAUUGCAACAGAGCAGCAAAAAAUGAUAACAUGGCUGGAGGAUUAUUUCAAACAAGAGAAAGAUUGUGUUCACUUAAUAAAAUACAAAGAAGACUUUAUAAUCAGUGUAAAGAUGCUUGGAGAAAACCUUGGAAGGUCCUCUCAUGACAAGUACAACAUAGCGAUUCAAAUUCAAAAACAGCAACAUAAGAUAAAAAGAGCAUGCAAGCAGUAUAUUAAGGAGAUUGAACACAAAGUUUCCAGCCUUAUGGAAGAAUGCAGGAAGAAACAACAUAAACUGGACAAUGCUAUGUUAGAAGUGGAGUUUGAGACCAUGUGGCAAGAAACGGUCAAAGAGUUAGGGGUGAAAUCGCUCAUAAAACGUAAUAUUGAGAAAGACAUGCUGCUUCAGCUCACAAAGACCAUGAGAGACAAGGGAUCAGCAGUUAAUGAAAAACUAAAUCAAAUACAGCACUUGCCAAGACCUAAGACAGAGAAUACUGACAGAAAAAGAGCAGGAAUUUUGACAUUAUUCAAAUGUGCAUAUACAUGGUGGAAAGGAAAUACACCAAAUUCACACAAGUAUGAGUAUACCUCUCAAUAUAUACAUGACAAAUGCUGUAAAUAUUCUGAAGAGCAAGCCCAGAAACAUGCUGAUUAUGAUGACACCUACUGUAAACAACUGCUGAACAUGAUUGAUGACAUUCUAAUUAAGGAAGGGAAUAUCCCAGCUGAACUUGAGCUAGAAAUAAAAUUGAAAAUUUUAGGACAUGCUGCUGCUGAUUUCCAGGUGAUGCAUAAUAAUUUUAUCAGAAAGAAUGACCCUCAUUCACAGCUGGAAACAUUGAAAUCUGAAUACUUUAGCACAUUUAUGAAUGUAUUUAAAGAGAAGAAUGAAAAUCAGGAUCUCGCCAAACGCAUAUGUGAUACAUGUCUAAAGCCAGCAAUAAUUGACCACAUCAUUCGAAAUCUAGGCAUUGAACUCGUAGACGACAUCAUGAGGUCUGAAGGAUCUGAAACCUACACCUCCCGAACAUUGUUCCAGUACACUGUUCUCUUAAAUCUUCUGGAAGAAAAUGUUUUUGGAAAAUAUGUACAAUACUCAAAAAACUAUGAAGAAUUUGUGAAAAAAUGGAUAUUGAAAUACAUUAAAACGAAAUAUAAAAACUUCAGCGCAAUAGGAAUUAAGAUCUUGUCAGCAAUCACAGAAAAGAUCAGAUAUUUCUUCAACAAUCCUAACAUGUGGAAUAAUUCAAAGAAUGUGGAAGAGUUCCUUACUUCCUUCAAAAAGAAAUUAACCAGUGAUCUGGUAUUACCACAGGAAAAGAUGAUGGCAAUCAUUUUCAAAAACUCAGCAAAUAUAAAAGAAUUUAUUAGAAAUCUGAACAAUUUCUUGACUGACACAAUAGAAGAUAUCAAAUCAGAAAUUGAAUCUCUGAGUGUGGAUGUCAUUCUUUCCAGAGUAACAGUGAAACCUCAAGACGAACUAUUCAAGAAGGUGUUUGGAUGUGGAAAGCAGUGUCCAUUCUGCAAGGUCCCUUGUGAAGCUGGAGGUGACGACCACAAAGACCAUUUUGCCUCUGUCCAUCGACCUAAAGGAUUAGGAACGUACAGAUGGAUAGACACAUCUAUGCUUAGCCAUGACAUUUGCACUACUGGUGUCAGUGGAAAUGGAACAUUUCAGAAUAGUGAUACAAAUGAAAUACCUCAUCCCUAUAAGCAAUAUAAAGAAGUGUAUCCUGACUGGAAUAUUCAGCCUGAUCCCAGCAUUGAAGCCUCUGAUUACUGGAAAUUUGUUCUUAAAGAGUUCAAUGAGCAAUUUGCAAGAGAGUAUGAUGCCAAACCUGCCGAUUAUCCGAAGGAAUGGAACAGUCUGACCAAGAAUAUGGCAAUGGAAAGUCUCAAGAAAACCUUCAAUAUGCAGUAAUGAAUGAACAGGAACAUGUGAAAAGUGCUGAAUCCACUUCUGUGAAGGUUAUGUCUUGCAUUUAAUAAGGCUCCGACCUCAUGCUGGCUUUGUAUAGCAUGUAACAGGUCAGAAGUGCCCUUAACAAAAUGUUUCACUAUAACAAUAAGUUCAGAUAUGUAACCACACAGCUUUAUCCUGUAUCAGCUACACACAUCCACAUCUUAAAUACUACAUGGAGUAUUAUGGAAAAGAAAAAGGUUUUAUGUUAAGAUAUACUGUAGCAAAUAAAGUGUAGUAAAAUAGAAAUAGU